CGCUGCCCCAUGAGCGCGACGGCGGCGGCCCUCGCUGAGCGGGGGGCGGCCCCGGCCGAGGGGCCCGCCGUGCCCUACGCCGUGGAGCUGGGGCUGACCGUGCUGCACACCGCGCUCUACGCCGCCCUCUUCCUCUUCGCCUACCUGCAGCUCUGGCUGCUCCUUUACUACCGGGAGCGGCGGCUGAGCUACCACACGCUCUGCCUCUUCCUCUGCCUGCUCUGGGCUGCCCUCAGGACCACCCUCUUCUCCUUCUACCUGCAGAACUCCCUGCAGGCCCUCCGCCUCCAGCAGCCCUUCGCCCACUGGCUCCUCUACUGCCUGCCCGGCUGCCUGCUCUUCUCCAGCCUCUGCCUCCUCAACCUCUAUUUCGCUGAGGUCAUAUUCAAAGUGAAAUGUGCAGCUGAAUUCAACAAGUACAAGGUCCUGUUGUAUCUGGGCUCCAUAUUUACCAGCCUCCUCUUCUUAGUAGUGAACUUAACUUGUGCAAUGUUAAUCCAUGGUGAGGUCCCAGAGAACCAGCUGAGGUGGACAGUCCUUGCCCGUGCCCUAGUCAACGACAGCCUCUUCAUCCUCUGUGCCAUCUCACUGGCUUGCUGCAUGUGCAAACUAGGAAAGAUGUCUUCAGCAAACGUCUACCUCGAGUCCAAGGGAACAUCUGUCUGCCAGGCGAUUCUUGUGGGAUCUGUAGUUGCUCUCCUGUAUUCCUCAAGGGCUUGCUAUAACCUGGUAGCUGUGGCCAUAUCUCCAGACAGUGUUCCUGGUCCUUUUAACUAUGGCUGGGACAACCUUUCAGACAAGGUGCACGUGGAAGUGAGCAGUGAGGAGUACGUGGUGUUUGGAGUGGUCUUGUUCCUCUGGGAGCUGGUGCCAACCACGUUUGUGGUGCUGUUCUUCCGAGCUCAGAGGCUGAGUCAGAACUUGACUCCGGCAGGGAUGGUGAACAGCCACAGCUACAGCUCCAGAGCCUACUUCUUCGACAAUCCACGGCGCUACGACAGCGAUGAUGAUUUGUCCCGGCUUGGGGGCAGGGAAGGAGGCUUGGCCACCCCUCAGUGCUCUGGCUGCUACGGGUCCCUGGCCGGGGCUGAGCCGGUGGGUGCCCGUGCAGGUGCCUCCCCCCCGGACCGUGCUCCCCUGCUCCCUGCCGCAGGCGGCUCCCACACGGACAAUUGCCACAGCUCAUGCCCUGCACCACCCAACUGAAGAGGCUGCAAGGGCCCUUUCCUCCCAGAAGUGGCAUUCAUGUAUAGGGUUGUAACCUGGUUUUUUUUCCCCUCUUUCCUUCUUCCCUGAAGCAUCUAACUCAUCGACACAAACAUUCCACUCCCUGCUGCGGCUGUGAGCAGGACUGAGCUGAUGGCUGCAGGCCGGAAGCGAGAGAACUCUGACUUUAAGGUACCAUGUAGCAAAGUGAAGCUGAACUCUCUGGAAGCUUAUUUUGGUUGGGUUUUUUUUCCCCUUCUUGGUCUGGUCUUCAAGAUGUUGGCAGCUAAAUGCACCAGAGCUUCCUCACUAGAAAAAAAAGAAACAUCAACUGCAUAUUUGCACUUUUACCUGCACAUGUGGAAGGAACGAUCCUGCUCAGGCUGGCCUUGGCCUGACACUCUUCUAGUUACUCUUUUAAUUGCACAUCCAUGGCUGGGAGAGGCAGUGUCUUCCCACAGACGUGCUCCCUCAAGUGCUCUGCAGCCUGACUCCUGGGGCAGGGGGAAGCCCUGUGCCAUGGGGACCUGUCUUCUGUCCUGUGUCAUCCUGACUCAGCAGGGCCAAGUAGGGCCCAGCUCCUGCUGAGCUGCCCUGCCCAGGAAUGUGAGCUCACAGCAGAGCUCAGGGCUUGGCCCAGCCAAGGUGAGAUGGGGGGCUGGGCUGAAGGUGGGUUUGGCCUAGUGGCCACUUGUGUGGGGACAAGGCUUUAGGGGCAGCUGCCUGUGGGCACAGCAGGAGCAGGUGUAGAAGAGGGUGUCAGCCUUGUUCCUCCUCCUUCCUACCCACCGUGGGGCUCCCCCCUCAGUAUUAAAUCACAUUUAGGAGAUAAGUUUCAACCCAGAAUUGAAUGUGAAGCAAUGGGGUCCUUGCUUGAGAGGUGGAAUGGGUCUGUCUGCCUGCAGAGGGACAGUGUGGACAAAGCAGAGCUCUGGUCCCUGGGCUCCUUGCUCUCCCCUGCUGUGGGGCAGGACUGUGGGCCUGGAGUCUUCCCACGGCCCCAGCAGCUAUGUUGGCAGCACUGGGUGGUGUACACAGCCUGGGAGGGUGCAGGGUCAGGGGAGGGGGCAAACUAGCCAAGUUUGACCUGGCCCCUAGCUCCAUCAGGCUUGAUGUUAUCCCUGGUUUGUCCCAGAGCAUGACAGGUGGGGAUGGAUGAAGCAGCUUUGGACACAGGCUUGGAUGGAGGGCACGGGGCCAGGAGGGCACCUCCUCUCACCUAUGGUGAUAACCUGAACUAGAGCUGCUUUUACCCCACUAGAGCUCUUCCUUCUGCCUGGUGUGGAAGGGCCCAGGGGGGUGAAGGACCUGCUGUGCCCACAACAGGGGCUGGCUCUGCCUGGAGACCACUGGGCUGAACUCUGGGGCCAGAGAGACCCUGAGGUAGCCUCAGUGGCCACAGCUGUGCCAGAGGAAUCCCCCCAGCACUAGGGCAGCCCCACUUCUCCUUGGCCCUCUGCUCACUAGUACAGCUUGCUCCUACUGUCCUUGGCAUGGACUCCUCUGUCCUUGGGCAUGCUGUGUGCUGCCUCCUGGGCCGUUCCCUGCCAACCUGCUUCCCUUGUGCUUGCCUAAAAACAGAAGCAGCCCCCUCCUGCUUCUCAGAGCUGCCACCUUUCAGCACCUCCCUUUUGCUCUAGUACUUGAACUGGAGAGCCUUGCCCUGGCUGUGGCUGUGCUGGGGCUGAGGGCCCUGGUUCCUGCCCUGGCUGUGGCUGUGCUGGGGCUGAGGGCCCUGGUUCCUGCCCUGGCUGUGGCUGUGGCUGUGCUGGGGCUGAGGGCCCUGGUUCCUGCCCUGGCUGUGGCUGUGGCUGUGCUGGGGCUGAGGGCCCUGGUUCCUGCUCUGGCUGUGGC